UCAUAGCAACCCUUUCAGUGGAGGCGGAGGAAUGGCUGGUCAGGGAAAUAAUCAACGACCAUGCCACAAUUCCAAAAUGAUUUAGGAAGCAGUGCAGUUAGGGUUCCAAUUAAAAAUCAAUUUUGCAGGAAUAAAGGAAGGGGCAGCUAUGCUUAGGCAAAUCGGAUCCGGGUCCAGAAGGCAAGACCUCAAGCAACAAUCCCAUAUUCCUCCCUCCCCCCAAUAGAAGUAGAGUUAUGCCAAUUCCCUCAUUUUAUAUGAAUCCGUGUUGGGAUCACUUCACAGAUUGUGGUUUAUUUGUCAAGUGGAUGGCAAAGGAGGUGCCUAAGCAAAGGAUCAUGGAUUGGUUUGCAGGCUACUUUGAAGGCCAGAGUAUGAUAGCAAUGAAUGGAGCGGGUGAGAUCAAUCCGACGAGACUUUUUACCGUGUUGCAGAUCAAGGAGGCCAAGUUUGUUGCCCAGAUCAUAGAACGGCAUCCUGAAUCCGCUGCUCUGUGGACUGAUUAUAAAAAUGCCAUUGCGGAUGUCUCAAAAAGUUCAACCAAAAAGAUGUUUUUGUAUGUUCCCAUGCGGGCACCUCUCCUUUUGUUCGCUUAUUUCUAA